AUGUGCAUCCAAUAUCCAGAUGGAGAAUGUGAGCUUAAGUCUGGGUUAAUCCAUCUUUUACCCAAAUUCCAUGGAUUAGCAGGAGAAGACCCGUACCAUCAUUUGAAGGAAUUUCAUGUUGUUUGUUCAUCCAUGAGACCUACAACAGUGACAGAGGAACAUAUCAAGCUUAAGGCUUUUCCAUUCUCAUUGCAAGAUGCCGCUAAGAAUUGGUUAUACUGCCUUCUGCCAGGAUCCAUCAAUACUUGGGAGACUCUGAAAAGAUUAUUUUUGGAAAAGUUUUUUCCAGCAUCUAGAGUUGCUGCUAUUCGCAAAGAUAUUUAUGGGAUAAGGCAACAAGAAAGAGAAAGUCUUCACGAGUAUUGGGAAAGAUUCAAAAAGUUAUGUGCUUCUUGUCCUCAUCACCAAAUAAACGAGCAUCUCCUCAUUCAAUACUUUUAUGAGGGAUUGAGUAUCAUGGAUAGACAAAUGAUAGAUGCUGCAAGUGGAGGGUCAUUGGUGGACAAAACGCCAACAAAUGCAAGACAAUUGAUUGAAACUAUGGCAUCGAACCAUCAACAAUUUUCCACAAGGAGUAAUUCUAUAACUCUAUUGAAGGGAACCCAUGGAGUAGAAGCUUCAUAUGUUGCAGAUCACAAGAAAUUAGAAGGGAAGUUGGAUGACUUAGCGGCAAUGGUAAGGACCUUGACAGACUUACAGAAAAAGCCUAUCCCUUCUACUUUAUGUGGAAUUUGUGCUUCUACUAAUCAUCCUACAGAGGCUUGUUCUAUGUUAAAAGAGACAGGGACGUUAGACAAUGAACAACCUCAGGCAUAUGCUGCAAACAUCUAUGGCAAUAAUAGACCACCUCGGCAGCAAUACAACCAUGAUUUGUCCUCCAACAAGUACAACCCAGAUUGGAAGGAAUAUCCUAGCCAGAAAUGGGGAAAUCAACAGCCUCAACACCAACAAGUCUAUGUUCCACCUCAACAGAGGCAACAACCACAACCAGCUGCAACCUCUGGUGAUUCAAACAUGGAGGCAAUGAUGAAAAUGAUGGCUGAUAUGAUGAAGGGACAAAUCAAUGAGUUGAAACAGACGAUGGAAGCAACCAAUCAAAACUUGCAGAACCAGAUUGGACAAAUGGCAAAUGAGUUAAAUCAGAUGAAGUCUCAACAAGGCUCGAGCAAUUUGCCUGCACAAACUGUAAUCAACCCGAGAAAUGUAAGUGCUAUUACUUUAAGAUCGGAUAAGGACAAUGAAGUUGUACCUAAUGAUGAAAGAGGAAGAUCAGAUGAAGCAACACAAGCAACAUCUGAAAUACCUGCACCCAGUGAUAACUCCAGGUUGGUAUCCCCUAAUACUUCCUCUGAAAAUCCUUCUCCUUAUUCUCCUCCUCCUCCCUAUCCAAACCGUUUGAAACCAAAAACUAAAAAGAUGGAGGAGUUAGACAAAGAAAUCCUGAAUACUUUCAAGAAAGUGGAGAUAAACAUUCCUUUGUUGGAUGCUGUGAGACAAAUUCCUAAAUACGCCAAGUUUCUCAAAGAAUUAUGUACACAUAAAAGGCGUAUUAUGGACAAAGAGGUAGUGAACAUGGGAAGAAAUGUCUCUAGCUUAAUUAAGAAGCCUGCAGUCAGAAUGCCGCAAAAGUGUAAGGAUCCAGGUAUGUUUUCUGUUCCCUGCAUUAUAGGAAGUACUAAGUUUGACAAUGCUAUGUUAGAUUUAGGAGCUUCCAUUAAUGUAAUGCCUUUAUCUGUUUUUACUUCACUUCAUCUUGGACCUCUUAAGUCUACUGGUGUGGUCAUUCAAUUGGCCAACCGUAGCACAGUUAACCCUGCAGGUGUGCUAGAAGAUGUGCUUGUCCGUGUGGACAAGUUAAUUUUUCCUGCAGAUUUCUACAUCUUGGAUAUGAAGGACGAUGAAGGAAUGAGUUCAACCACAAUUAUCUUGGGAAGACCAUUCAUGAUGACAGCACGUACCAAGAUAGACGUGCAUGCAGGAUCCUUGACUAUGGAGAUAGGAGAUGAGAAGGUGCAGUUUAACGUGCUAGAAGCCAUGAAGCACCCAAUUGAAGACCAUUCUUUGUUUUGCAUUGAUUUAUUGAGUAAUGUAGUGAACAAUUAUGCUUUUGGACUUUUGGACGUUUUAUCUGGUUUUUCUUCUUCUUUGGAUUUUUCU